AUCUUGAUUGACAAAAUAAUUUUCGAUUGAAAAACAAAAAAAAAUUUAUUUUUUUUUAUGUUUCAUUCAAUUACUAUUGUGAAUGAAUACAGGACAAUGCUAGUUGUCCUCCCGUUGAAGAUUAAAAAAUAAAAUUUUGCCAGUACAUAAAUAUUUUAAUGAUAUGGUAGCUCUUGGAAUAUUUUAUUUACUAACAAUCAGCUGAUAAAUCAUUAAGAAUUUUGCGCGGGUUCAUAAAAAUGGCUAGCGAGGAAUUAUUUAGCGCAGAAUUGACUGAAGAUAUCCUUAACAAAGAAGAUGAUAAAGAGGAGCAAUUGGACAAUGUGGAAGAAGAAUCCGAAACGAUGGCUGAUGUUAAAGAAACCGAAAAUGCUGAAAUAGCAGAAGCGGCUAACGGCGAAAAGGUGCAUUCAACAAGUGAAAAUGGUGGGCCAGAAGCACGCCUAUUCCAGUUGCCACUAACACGUAUCAGAAAUUUAAUGAAAUUAGACCCAGACAUGAAUAUUGCUUCAACCGAAGCAGUUUUUGUGGUCACGCGUUCAACUGAACUCUUUAUAGAAUCAUUGGCGCGAGAAGCUUUCUCCUACACAACGCAAUCGAAGAAAAAAACAGUACAGAAACGUGAUGUAGAUCUGGCCAUUUCAUCAGUAGAUAGCCUCAUGUUCUUAGACGGCGCAAUGAAUUUCUAGCAAUUAGUGCGUACCAUAGAAGUGGUGUUAUAUAUAUUUUUUCUAAAAUUAAUUAACCUUAAGUUUUGCGUAUAAUAAUAAUUUUAAUGAAAUGAAUAUGAA